AAAUGAAUGUGUGAUUUAGGAUUGGCCCCCGCCCCGCAUCUCUUCCUCGGAGAUUCAGAUGCUCAAUGAAACAGACGGUGCGCCCGGACUCCUCUGACAGCGAAUGGGAAAUCAGACCCGUUUCAACUUCCCUACGUCCAGUCACCAACUCUAGCAUCUCUUGCCCGUGAGUGUGUUUAUUUACAAACGCGAGAAACGGACUGAAUAGAGUUUCGUGCAUAUUUACAAGGUCUUUACUCAAAUCAUCAAGGACAAAACAGACGCGCGCUGUGUUUUCUCUCACCCCCGGGACGCUCGUGCUCAAACAUCCACAUUUGCUUGUAGCCGGUAUUCAGCGGUAUAUGCGCACACUCCGUUGGCUGCUUCAAGGCUUCGUUACAGAAACCGAUCCUGCUAAAGCAAUCUUUAAAAACCCGUGAACCUCGGCGGACAGGACAGGACGAGCGGACGCAAACACGAUGCAGCAUCCCUUGACGGGCGGAACAUGCGUCGCCCUGCCGAACGUGGACAUGUGUCCGCAGCUCUCCUGUGCCUUGACUUUCAUGUACUUACAGCAGGGUAAUCAAGACGCCCCAGCACCCCCAGAAACCAUGGCCCAGCCUUACCCAUCAGCCCAGUUCGCUCCCCCUCAGAACGGCAUUCCUGCUGAGUACACGCCGUCCCACCCUCACCCAACUCCGGACUACUCUGGCCAGACCCCCGGGGCAGAGCACACGCUGAACAUGUACACCCCUGCCCAGACGCACAGUGAGCCCAGCGGACCAGACAACAGCGUACAGACGGUCUCCGGCACAGCCACACAGACAGACGAUUCAGCACAGACAGACAGCCAACCGCAAACACAGUCAUCUGAAAACAGAGAAAACAAAACACAGCCCAAGAGGCUCCACGUCUCCAACAUCCCCUUCAGGUUCAGAGAUCCAGACCUCAGGCAAAUGUUUGGCCAAUUUGGUAAAAUCUUAGAUGUUGAAAUCAUAUUUAAUGAACGAGGAUCAAAGGGUUUUGGUUUCGUAACUUUCGAAAAUAGUGCCGAUGCGGACAGGGCCAGAGAGAAAUUACACGGCACGGUGGUAGAAGGUCGUAAAAUAGAGGUUAACAAUGCAACAGCACGGGUAAUGACGAAUAAAAAGACCGUCAACCCAUAUGCAAAUGGCUGGAAGUUGAAUCCAGUCAUGGGUGCAGUCUACAGCCCAGAAUUCUAUGCAGUGCCAGGCUUCCCAUACCCAGCAGCCACAGCGGCAGCAGCGUACAGAGGGGCACACUUAAGAGGAAGAGGUCGCACCGUUUACAAUACGUUCCGGGCAGCUGCGCCUCCCCCACACAUCCCAGCCUAUGGGGGUGUUGUUUACCAGGAUGGAUUUUAUGGUGCAGAUAUAUAUGGUGGUUACGCUGCCUACCGAUACACUCAGCCUGCUACUGCUACCGCCGCUGCCUACAGUGACAGUUACGGACGAGUUUAUGCUGCCGACCCCUACAACCACGCACUUGCUCCAGCAGCCACAUACAGCGUUGGUGCCAUGAAUGCUUUCGCUCCCUUGACUGAUGCCAAGACCAGAAGCCACGCCGACGAUGUGGGUCUCGUUCUUUCUUCUUUGCAGGCUAGUAUAUACCGAGGUGGAUACAGUCGUUUCGCACCAUACUAAAAAAAAAAACUUUCAAAACCUAUUGAGAAUCUUCCUGUGGGGGUAACGGAGGAGUAAUUCAGAGGCCUGGGUAUUGCAAUACAUGCAGUAGUGCAUCAUUUUAGCAUCUCUUAAGAGAGAGAAGACAAAAACGGAUAUUUUUCAUCUUAUACCUCAGAUAUUUUGUGCUGUGUAUUUUAAUAUUGUGGGUUUUUAAUUUCUAACGAUUACAUAGAUUGUUGGCUGUAGAGGUUUCUGUGGUGAUCUAGAGAGCUGCUAGAUUUUAAAAAGAUGAAAAAAUAAUAAUAAUAAGAUUCAAAUUGUUAGGGCUUUAUCAUGUAAAUGAGUUGUGUAUGAUAAAUAUUCAAGUCACUUCGGGGUUAUCAUAUUCUGUAAGAGUGUAAGUGACUAGAGUCGUCCAGUGGUUUCUGCUUCCAUUUGACAUCGCCUUUUGUCUUUCUUUUGGUUUCUUUUGUUUCUGGGUUCUGUGCCGUAGAGGAGGCGUGUGCCGGGGGAUGUGGGUAGGAGUAGAUACGGGCGUGGUGGGCGAAGGACCGGGGGCUGGCAGUAAAGUCGGUGUAGUCCCCCGAGUGCAGUAAAGACACAGAGCCGGUCAAAGAGACCACUGAGGUAUCGAUUAUUUAAGCUGUCUUAUAUCAGUCAUUACUCAAAGCCAAAGGUUAUGUUCCUGGGGUGUUCAGUGUGUAUAUUCAGACUAUACAUAGCAGCUCGUAGAAACUCCCCAAAAAUUCACCAUGACAGUAUUUUACUGUUUAACUAUUAUCUAGUCCUUAAGUCAGACCCGCACUAGUUUAGGCCUACCACGAGAUGUUCUUUUUAUAUUACAGUACUUCCAGUACGUCGAUUGAUAUAAAUGCUGACUUUUAUAAUACGGGAGAGUCGAAACACGAAAAAAAAAAAAAAAAAAAAAAAAA